AUGUUGCCCUCGCAAAACAGUAUGAGUGGCUCAGACAAGAUUGGUCCCCCUAUCAGUGUUGUAGCUUAUGGGGAUAUGUCAUUGAAAAAGCGUCCGAAGGUCCAUGGUAGCUCGUGCAAAGGAAAAAGUAAGAGAUUCUUGAUCACGCCGACAGCUAGCGGGAUCCAUGGCUCAUUGAGUAGCUAUGAUAGACAGCAGCUCGUACUGCAACCCAUAGAAGAGAGCAAUGCCUUCACAGUCCUCAUCGGUACUGUAACAGCAAAUGCCAGAAGCUAUCCAGGCGUAACUGAAGAACCGAAGUCAAGUGAACGAAGUAACCUUAGCUCCACAACGGCUAUGUCAACCGCUAGCACAGGUGGAGACCAAGAAAAGUCUACCAAGAAUAGCGAUUUGAACAAAAAGGGUCGGAAUUUCUGCGACCAAUUAGUUGCCAUGCGCUGUUCUGUAGAAAGAGCGAGUUGCUCCAAUAACGCAGUCAGCAUUCGCAGUCCCGUGUCGCUUCAUUUCAAGCGGACGACCACUGGUGUUGGAGAAGAGAUACAACGCACGCCCACAAGACCAACUAUUACCACGGCGAUAAUCCGCCAAUCAAGCAAGGCGGAAAUUCUCCAGGCGACAGUUCCAACGACAAUAGACUGUAUUACGAAGGCACCUUCCACUAGCACCGACUUCGAACUUUCGUCCUGGGACAAGAUGUUUUUACUACAUGUUUCGGGAAGCCACGGCUUGGCGUCCUCCUCCUCAGCAAUUCAACCUGCGUUGGCGGAUGCGAGAAUACAGCAAAGAAACUACUGUCAUAACUUCCGGAAGUAUCAGGCGCGUAGCGAGGCAACACACGUUAAAUUUGGGGCCUGGAUGGACGAACAACGUGCACUCCUGGCUCAGUUAGAAACGAUUCGACCUACCUACGAAACUAAUUUUCAAGUUUUACAGGCGAGAACGAGGCUCAACUUGCUAGCCUUGUGUGGCAUUCAACUUUGA